AUGUCGCGUCCGAAAUCGCCCGAGGAAAUGAACUCGCAACAGCAGCAACAGCAGCAACAUCGCUCCUCCGUGGGCGUGCCCCCUGAGUCCAGGGCUCAGGCCAAGGACAUGUCUCUCCCGCAGAAACCCACCACUCCUCCCUCUUCCCAGCCCGCCUUGAACUCACAAACCCAUGUGCAGUCGUCAAGGCAGGCGCCUCAAAACGGACAAGCCGUUGGCCAACAGCCCCAGCUCGCAGCCGCCGGCUCUUCGUCGAGAAUCCACUCGUCCUCGAGCCCUAAUGUCGUCGGUGUCCACUACAAGGUUGGAAAGAAGAUUGGAGAGGGAUCCUUUGGCAUCAUCUACGAAGGCGCAAAUCUCGCAAACAACCAACCUAUCGCCAUCAAGUUUGAGCCCCGAAAGAGCGAUGCCCCUCAGCUUCGAGACGAGUACAGGACAUACAAGAUCAUGUCGGGAAGCCCUGGUAUCCCCAACGCCUACUACUUUGGCCAGGAAGGACUUCACAACAUUCUGUGUAUCGAUCUGCUCGGUCCGAGUCUGGAAGACAUGUUCGAUCUCUGUGGCCGGAAGUUCAGCAUCAAGACCGUGUGCAUGGCUGCCAAGCAAAUGAUCACCCGUGUCCAGACAAUCCAUGAAAAGAACCUGAUCUAUCGUGACAUCAAACCGGAUAACUUCCUGAUCGGAAGACUGCCGCGACACAACGAGAUCCAGGCCAACCCGAACGCCCCUCCCGACGUUGACCCGUACAGCGUUGUUGCCAACCACUCUCCCACCAGCCCUCAUCCCGCUUCUCAGAUCUACAUUGUCGACUUCGGCAUGGCCAAGCAGUACCGCGACCCCAAAACAAAGCAGCACAUUCCCUACCGCGAGAAGAAGUCGCUGUCCGGAACUGCCCGCUACAUGAGUAUAAACACGCAUCUUGGCCGAGAGCAAUCUCGACGCGACGAUCUGGAGGCCCUGGGCCACGUCUUCAUGUACUUUUUGCGAGGCAGUCUGCCCUGGCAGGGUCUCAAGGCUGCCACCAACAAGCAAAAGUACGAAAAGAUCGGAGAGAAGAAGCAGACCACCAGCAUCCGCGAUCUUUGCGACGCCUUCCCAGAGGAGUUCGCCACCUAUCUCUCCUAUGUCCGUAAUCUCAAGUUCGAAGAAACCCCUGACUACGACUAUCUGCGUGGCCUGUUCAGCAAAGUGUUGACCCGUCAAGGCGAAGUCGAGGACGGAAUCUUUGACUGGAUGCUGAUCAUGGACCAGCAGCGAAAGGAAAAGGAAAAGCAGCGCGAGCGUGAGCGCGAGGCCCGCGAGCGGGACCGCCAGUACCGUUACCAGGCCGCCGCCGCUGCCGGCCAUACUUCCUCGCCCAAUGUCACCCAGUACACCGGACAGCCCUCGUCAGCCAAUCCAUACACCAACACCGGCCCCAACGCCAGCGUUCAGGCCCUCGCCGGCACCUCGGUGAUCUACUCGGCCUCCCCCGGCACGACCCAGACCAACCUCAAGGACGUUGCCAGCGCUCACCGGGUUCUGGCGCCAGUCAACAACUCGGGCUCGUUGCCGCGAAAACAGUCCGGCGGGGCUGCUCAGCAGCCGUCGACCCCUGUUCCUCCGAUCUCGCCGACGCCUGUGACUACGACCCAGCCUCAGGUCGACAAUGCCAACGGACGUGGCGAAAGGAAAAAGGUCAAGUGGUGGAAGAAGAUGUUCAUGUGGUGUGGCAGCCGCGACACCGAGGCGGUUCGCUGA